UAAGAACGGCCAUCUUUACCCUCUGUAACAACUGCUACUCCAGAAAAGAAAGAAAACAAAUGUCCUGUCGGGAUUUUGUUGUAUUCUUGGUGUCAUCAAUGGGAACACAUUCAAUUUUGAAGCCAAAAACACGAGGCAUCAUGACCUAGUAAUCUUCAUAAGAAGCACUGUGGCACAAAUCAUCCUUCUCCUUUGGCAGGUAAAUCAUCGGCAGACUGUAGUUCAAGAUUCCCACUAGUCGUCUCUACUGUUGUGGUAGUUUCCAGGGAGAGACCUUUGCCUCUCCCCCCAGGAGAUAUGGAGCCCCAGGAGAGUCUGGGAGUGGAGGGCGACUCGGGUGUGCUGGGGGUGCUGGUGCCGAGCCCAUGGAGUGAAGCGGUGACCCAUGACCUGGAGGAAUUGUCUCUGCAGCCCACUCAGAACCUUCCACCCAUUAAAGAGCGCAAGAAUGUGCUUCAGUUAAGACUCCAGCAGAGGCGCACACGCGAGCAGCUCGCAGACCAGGGCAUCAUGCCACCGCUGAAAACACCUGGAGCUUUUCACGGACAAGUCAGAAGUCUGGAGAGGGCAAGGACUGAGAAUUUCCUCAAGCAUAAAAUCCGCAGCAGACCUAACCGCGCUGAACUUGUCCGUAUGCACAUUUUACAAGAAACCCAUGCAGAGCCUUCUUUGCAAGCCACUCAGAUGAAACUAAAGAGGGCACGUCUAGCAGAUGACCUCAAUGAGAAGAUUUCACAGAGGCCUGGACCAAUGGAACUGGUGGAGAAGAACAUUCUGCCUGUGGACAUUGUUGGAGAACUGGAUGUUUAUAACUUCAAUGAAGACAGCAGUGAAGCUCUGUCUCCAGAGCAGCCAGCUAGUCACGAGUCUCAAGGCUCUGCUUGUUCUCCUGUAGAAGCCAGACUGCCUGAACCAUCCUCUGUUUCGUCUCCGACUGGCUCCAAACUACAGUUGUGUCCACCUACAACCCAGAGUUCAGACUUCCUGAACAGAACAUCAGCAGAAGAUGGUCGAGUAAUGACUGCCAUUCAGCUAGUCACUGCUGCUACUCCCACAAAGCCUGGUCCCACCCUUGUGAAGCAAAGCCAGCACAAACAGUCUAGUGACAAGAGCCGAAGCAAGAAGAGUAGAGAACCCAAACCGCGAAUUAAGAAGCUCAAGUAUCACCAGUACAUCCCGCCCGACCAGAAGCAGGAACCAAAUGAAGCCCCGAUGGACUCAGCUUAUGCCCGGUUGCUUCAACAACAGCAGCAGUUCCUGCAGCUCCAGAUCCUCAGCCAACAGCAACAGCAUUACAAUUACCAGACCAUAUUACCAGCACCACUCAAGCCAGUAGCUGAGAGUCAGAACAGCUGCCCCAACAUCACCCUUAGCACCAGCCCUAGUCUUCCGGCUCCCAUUGUGGUAUCUCUGCUCAAUACGGCUCCUUCGCAUCCCAACCACACUGUGACAGGUCGUAAAACCGGGUGUCUGCCUACCAACCUAGAUGAGAUGAAGGUGGCUGAGCUUAAGAUGGAGUUGAAAUGGCGUGGACUUCCUGUGUCAGGCACAAAGACAGAUCUCAUAGAAAGGCUUAAGGCCCACCAGGAGAGCUCUCAAUCUGCUACAACCAUGGAUACAAACAUCUCCAAAGCUCCUCUACAGCCUGAAAGCAUGGGCACAACUCCUCCCAUUUCUCCUGAGCAGUCAGAAGCCUCCAAUAUCAGUAUGGAGGACUGCAGAAAUGGUCCCACCAAAGCUCUAUGCAUGUUGUCUCCAGCCCGUCCACCAGCAGGCACUUCACCCCUCAAACCCACACCUGAAGACAUGACCAUGGACAUCAAGGUGUCCGAAAAAGACCAGCGUCUUCACGAAAAGGAGCGUCAGAUUGAGGAACUCAUGCGUAAGCUGGAGCAGGAGCAGCGGCUGGUGGAGGAGCUGAAGAUGCAGCUGGAGGUGGAGAAAAGGAGUCAGCAGGGCGGAGGGCAGCAGCCUGAACCCAAUCGAUCAGUCCAGGUCAAAGAGGAGAUCGGCACCACCCAGAGCUGCAACUCCAAGCAGAGUCCCCUGCCACAAACUACAGGUGUGAAACAGGAAGAGCCACAUGCCCAGCUUCACCACACUCCAGUCCAGCAGUUCUAUAUCAACACCCAGCAAGUCCCUCAAGUACUGCAUCAGAAGACACUGAUCAACACUCAGCCAGCCACACAAAUCCUGCUGCCUAUCAGCCUGUCCAACAACCCCAUCAGCACACAGGCGCAGACCAUUCUCCAACCAACAUUGCCCAGCAUCAUACAAACACCACUUCUGCAAACACAGAUGUUCAACAACACAAUAUUACAACAGCAUUCAAGUCAGACACCAUCUCCACCUCAAGAUUCACCCAUUUGUGGAAGCUACAGGCAGAACCAGAACCAGAACCAGAACCAGCCCAUGGCAGACAUUCCCCAGUCCUUUCUCAACAACUCACCCAGACACACAAAUGGACCCAUUAACAAACCUCCCUCGCCCUGUCAGCUCAACUAUAUCUUUCAACCAUCAACGUUCCCCAAUCACCAUAGCCCAAGGAGCAAAGACCCACCCCGUUACGAGGAGGCCGUCAAACAGACCAGAGGUCUACAAGCAACAAUGCAGGUUCCCACUGCUACCAGUCAGCACAUGGACGAUUUGUUUGAUAUUUUGAUCGAGAGUGGAGAAAUUUCCCCUCUGUCUAGGCAGGAUGCCUCUCUGGACAAACUUCUUCCGGUGACAGCAAACAUCACCACCCUGCCCAUCAACACAGUGCUGUCUCGUCCUCCCCCUCAGAUACAUGUUGCCCGCAGACCCAACCAAACCCAAGCACCUCCCUCCAACCUGGAGGCUCUGGCCUCCGAUAACCAAUUGCUAAACCAGCUGCUGGAGCGACCCCACUCCCCAAUGGACACUUCAGAUCUGACCUUCACCGACACGCUGCCUUCCACCCUUACUCUACAAGAUGCAGGCCUCGACAACAUGGAAUGGCUGGACCUUACGCUUCCAGGACGUGCUGGUCUCUGCUCACCGACUGCAGUCUUUUCAUCUGAUUUCUUGGACUCCACUGAUUUACAGUUACACUGGGACUGAGCUCACAAAUGGAUGGAGAUUGGAGACAUUCUGAAAAGAUCUGCGGUGUGCAGACAGGCACUUAAGAAAGAGCUCGGUGUUUCAGACUUCAUGGGUUCUUCUGAGGAUCUGUGUACAAACCACUCAUCAAAUGAUGUAGCAUCAUCUUUUCUCAAUUGUGCCUAUACAUGCAGGUUUAUGUGCUGUUACUGUCACCAACACCUCUUUCAAGGCAGAAGAAGAAUGUAGAGACACCUUU